AUGGGGAUGAUGCCCCUUAAGAUCCUGGAUGCUGACGGAAAUGCGGUAUGGGCCAAUGCCUUCAUUGACGAAAUCCUGACAGUAGAAGGAGCAAGCGGAGUCGUGACGAAGUAUCGAUCUCAACGUGUGAAUUUCAAAAUUAACGCUAACUCUGGAGAAACUUUGGAUGUAUGUGGUUCUACUCUGCCUUCUACCGUAGCGAGCACCACUCCUGUGACAGACUGGGGAGCUCUCAAGAACCGCUGGCCUCAUCUUGCCGACCUUCCGGUUGGGAAGACUGGUGGGAGAGUUGAUAUUCUGAUCGACCAGGACCUAAAUCAUCUUACCGUAGCACUUGAAUCUAGAGUUGGAAACGAUUACGAACCAACUGCUAUCAGGAGCCGACUGGCUUUCCGUAUCCAUACCGUCACCAGCUCUACUCAUCUAGAAGACAUCGCUUCCAAAUUACGCCGCUUUUGCGAUACCAAAAACUUUGGAUCGGAAUCUACGUUGGUGGCCAUGUUUGACGAAGACCGAAAAGCUAUCAACAUCUUGGAGACCGGUACGAAGAAACUAGAUCUUGGCAAUGAAGUUGGAGAAGAAGCUGUCAACACGGUGAAAAAGAAAAUGUAUGUUGACUACUAUUUGGGGUCCACAAGAAUCGUUGAUGAAGGAAUGAAGGAAGCGUCUCUCAUGCGAAAGACACUCGCCGACGCUGAUUUGCAUUUUCAAGACUGGAUCUCCGAUUCGGAAGAAUUUGUUCGAGAAACAAGAAACGCCGAGAAGAUCGUUGAUGAAGGCCUGAAGAAACUCGACAUUGGGUAUGAAACCCCACUCACGUGGCUCGAAGGAGAGCCGACAUUUGAAAAUAACAGGACGCUGGCGGAGCAUCGUUGGCAAGACCUGAAGGAACGAUUCAAGAGAGAUCCAGAUUUCGAGGCUGAUUACAGAGCCGCGAUCAAGAAAUACGUCGACGAAGGCUAUGCAUCGCGAGUAAAAGAGGAAGAUUUAUACUCGAACAACCAGUACUACUUGCCGCAUCACGGUGUCUACAAGAAAGUGUAUGGUAAGAAGAAGAAGAAGCUUCGAGUCGUCUUCGAUGCCGCUGCCAAAUGGAAGAAGAAAUGCCUCAACGACGGAAUGCGACAGGGUCAAAAAUUGCAGAACGACUUAGCCAAGGUCCUCAUUCGAUUCCAGCUGGGGGAGAUUGCCUUUGCAGCAGACGUGACCGCCAUGUACAGCAGGAUUCGACUUCGACCCCAAGAUGCCCGCUUUCAUCGUUUUCUCUGGCAAGAGAAAGAUUCUGACGUCAUCAUUACGUACCAAAUGGAUCGCUUGCCAUUUGGAUCUAACUGUGCCCCAUUUCUCGCCCUAAAAACCAUCCACAGAGCCGCUUCAGAUGCCACUAGAGGGAGAGAAGAAUGUAUGGAAGCAGUAGAGAAGAAUAUGUACAUGGAUGACCUAUUGAAAGCAGUCGACAAUGAAGAACAAGCAAUUAUGAAAGCGAAACUCAUCCGCGAUGGACUAGCAGAAGGAGAUUUUCAUCUAACAAAUUGGAUCUCGAACUCUCCGGAAUUCAUCAAAGCGUUGCAACCAGAGCAGGCAGUAGCAGCAGCACAUCAUGAUUUAGCGUCGGAUGACGUCGAAAAGCUACUGGGAGCCUUCUACGAGCCAACGACAGACGAGAUGACGUACCGAGUGACUGGAGUCGAAGAUCUUAAAUGGACGCGCGCUGGAUUGCUGAGCAAGGUGGCGAGUAUCUACGACCCCCUAGGACGAGCAGCACCAGCGCUGAUAAAAGCAAAAAUUAAAUUGCGUGAGCUAGGUACCAGAGGACUAAACUGGAACGAAGCCAUCAGCGGUGACGACAAGGAGUGGUGGCAAACCUGGUACAAGACGCUGGAGAGACUCAACGACCUUUCGAUGCCACGAAAUUUGCAGCCGGACAAAGGAAAAAUCAUCCAGAGCGAUCUUCUAACCUUUGGAGAUGCAUCUGAAGAGGCCUAUGCAGCAGUCGUAUAUCUACGCAAUGUCUACCAGGAUGGCACAUCAAUAUGCAGAUUGGUGAUGGCCAAAACCAAAUUGGCCCCUCGGCAGACACAGUCGAUUCCAAAAUUGGAGCUGAACGCAGCAGUGCUAGGCGCUCGACUGGCCACAUACGUUGCAGACGCGCUACAAAUCUCUGGACUCAACAGGAUUUUCUUCACUGAUUCCAGUACUACCAGGAACUGGAUACGAGCCGUCGCUUCACAUUACAUGCCGUUCGUCAGCCACAGAAUCGGAGAGAUUCAAUCUCUCACCAACGCUAACGAGUGGCGCUUCAUUCCCGGGAAAAUGAACAUAGCAGAUGCUGCGACGCGGUCCCUAUUGACAGACGGAGAGCCGAUCCCACCGAGAUGGCUGGAAGGACCAUCUUUCAUCGCCUUACCAAUGGAGCAAUGGCCGAAGGAUUUGCCUUGGGUGGCAGUAGCAGCAGAGAAAAGAACUGCCCACAUCCACCACGCAAUUUCUGAGCCCCCUCUUCAAGAUUGGACAAAGGUGAUCAUCGAUUCGAAGAACAUCUCAACAUUCCUGAAGGUGGAAGGAGAUGCCAAGGAGAUUAUUUUAAAGUGCCAAAAGGAAGGAUUCCGUGAAGAAAUCAGUUUAUUAUCAAAGGGCAAGCAAAUAUCGAAGAAGUCAUGCCUCAUUCAAUUAACUCCUUUCUUAGACAAAGAUGGAAUUCUCCGACUGGGUGGACGAAUCCACCGCGAAAAGCUACCAUAUGAGGUUCUACACCCUCCAAUUCUGCCCGGAAAGCACCCACUUGCAGAAAAGAUAGUGACAGCAGUGCAUCAAGAGUCGCAUCACGCAGGCACUGACUUUCUCCAUGCCAAAAUUCGGCAACAUCUUUGGAUCCUGCAAGGACGAGAGCUGGCAAAGAAGAUCCGCUUCAACUGUGCCGUCUGUGUGAAAUCGCGUGCCAAACUCGCCACGCAAAAGAUGGGUGAUUUUCCAUCUGCUCGUCUCGAUUCUUACACCGCACCAUUCACGCACAUAGCUCUGGACUAUUUCGGACCGAUCGAAACGUCAGCCUACAGGAACCGAGUAAUCAAACGGUAUGGCCUGUUAAUCACCUGUCUCGUCACCCGCAAUGUUUAUGUAGAAAUGGUGCAGUCAAUGUCAACACCAGAUUUUCUCUACGGUCUACGGCGUUUCAUCGGAGAAUUCUCGAAGCCAACUGAAAUCUUCUGUGAUAACGGGACAAACUUUGUGGGAGCUGAGAAGGAGCUGGCCACAGCAUUUCGUGAGUUGCAAAAGGACGAAAAGUUGAAGGAGUUUGCGCGAGAGCGCUCAAUCAUCUGGAAAUUCCAGCCACCUAGUGCUCCACAUUUCGGCGGAUCACACGAAUCAAUGGUCAAAUCAACAAAGAGGGCGCUCUACCGGGCGCUGGAUACGGAAAAAGCCGGAUUGCGCUACCCGACGGACGAAAUGCUCAGAACGCUACUGAAGGAAGUGGUGGGCAUGCUGAACGGGAGACCUCUGACGCAGGCCAGCAACGACCCAGAAGACUUCAGACCAAUUACACCAAAGGAUUUCUUGAAUCUGCCACCAACGUCGGAUCUUCCGGCCGGAGACAUCCGUCGCGCUCUGCCCCGCGACCAUAUUCGUUACGUGAAGAAGAUGGCCAAUUUAUUUUGGGACCUGUGGACCAAGAUGUUCCUCCCUACGCUGGUUCCAAGAAGGAAGUGGGUCGCGGAAGAAAGAAAUUUUGAAGUUGGAGAUUCGAUCAUGCUAUCGGACAACAAUUUGCUGCCAAAUCAGUGGAAGACGGGCCGAAUCAUCGAAGUUUAUCCCGGUUCCGACGGCUUUGUUCGAGUCGUAAAAGUGAAAACGGACUGCGGAGAAUAUUUGAGACCAAUCCAUCGUCUAGUACUACUGGAACCUUACUCGGCCGUCCUUCCGUCGGCCUCGGGGGAGAAUGUUCCAGAGGAAAAGAAGGCUUAAUUUAAAUGUAUAUUUUAAUUCAUGUCCUCAUCUUAUUUUAUUCUGAAGUAUCGAUUAAUUUAAGUAAGCCGCCAGGUGGGCCACUUGUCGUGCAGUAGAAAACAGCUGAUGUCUAAUUAAGUGUCUUGGCAGAAGCAGAAAGUAGCCAUUGUUCAUUUCAUGGCGUGUAUAGCCAUUGAUAACUCGUUUCUUACUGUGCUUUAUUGAUGGGAAUUCUCAUCUUGUGACUCCCUAUUUUCUUAUCUGAUUCUCUGAGAUUAGGCUGGAUUAGGCCCUAGAUUUGAUUUUGUGUCGUUUGUGUCUACGAUUGCCUUAUUGACCGGCUCCUAAUUGUGGAUGCUAGGCAAUUUGUGCUCUGUGCAUUUUAUGUUGACGAAUAAACCCGUGAUUCUCUGAGAAGCGAUUGAUAGGCCUACGCCUCCCUCUUCGACCGUAUCACUCUCUCGCUGAAACA